GGAGCCGGAACGCACCGAAAGGAACCGGCGGGCGCUUCCGCCGGGCCGGGCCGGGCCCGGAGUGGGGCGGGCCGGGCCGGGCCGGGCCGGGAUGUCGGCGGCCGUGGCGGGGCCGGAGCGGCCACAGGUGGUGUCGCACGUCCAGCAGGCGCUGAGCUACACCGUGUUCGACUGCAAGUGGGUGCCUCGCAGCGCCCGCCUGCUGUGCCUGGGCAGCGCCGCCCGCGGCACCGGCCUCAUCCAGCUGUACGAGCUGCACGGAGCCCGCCUGGAGCUGCUGCGGGAGAUUGAAAAGCCCAAACCUAUAAAAUGUGGAACUUUUGGUGCUACAUCUCUGCAGCAAAGAUACUUAGCUACAGGAGAUUUCGAUGGAAACCUUAACAUAUGGAAUUUAGAAGCUCCUGAAAUGCCAGUGUAUUCUGUGAAAGGUCAUAAGGAAAUCAUAAACAGUAUAGAUGGUGUAGGUGGCUUAGGAAUUGGGGAAGGUGCACCAGAAAUUGUGACUGGCAGUCGAGAUGGAACUGUGAAGGUGUGGGACCCGAGGCAGAAUGACACUCCUGUGGCUAAUAUGGAACCUGUACAGGGGGAGAGCAAAAGAGACUGCUGGACUGUGGCAUUUGGCAAUGCUUACAACCAAGAGGAACGUGUUGUAUGUGCUGGAUAUGACAAUGGGGAUAUUAAACUGUUUGACUUAAAAACCAUGUCACUACGAUGGGAGACCAACAUUAAGAAUGGGGUUUGCAGUGUGGAGUUUGACAGAAAAGAUAUAAACAUGAAUAAGUUGGUGGCAACAUCGCUUGAGGGAAAAUUCCAUGUUUUUGAUAUGAGAACUCAGCAUCCAACCAAAGGUUUUGCAUCUGUUUCAGAGAAGGCACAAAAAUCUACCAUUUGGCAGGUUCGGCACCUGCCACAGAACAGAGAUGUAUUUAUGACAACUGGAGGAUCUGGGAGCCUUCAUCUCUGGAAAUAUGAGUACCCAGCCCAGCGCUCGAAGAAGGAUUCGGAAGGAUCUGAGAUGGGGGUGGCAGGGUCUGUUAGUCUCUUGCAAAAUGUCACUCUGUCAACACAGCCCAUCUCUAGCCUGGACUGGAGCCCUGACAAAAAGGGACUGUGUGUCUGUGGGGCUUUUGACCAAACUGUGAGGGUGCUGAUAGUUACAAAGCUUAACAAAAUUUGACAAGAAAACUAGAAUUUCUGAUGGGAAAGCAAUAUAAUUUGCAGUCUGUAAAUAUGGGAGGGGGAGCCUUUCUAUUUCUAAUUUAAUUUCUUCCUUAAUAAAACUGGA